GAUCGCAGCCAUGACUGGACCAAUACUGCAAGACUGACGUGGCUACUACUCAGCUAAGGAGACACGUAGGAUACCCUCGCAACUUCCUUCCGAGUUCUGCAAUUGCCAUCAUGACGCUUGCUGGCUGUGUUCGAGACCCUUGUUCGUCGAAUCGUCUGCCCAUUGCCAUUCAGAGACCGACAGCAGCACGAUCAUGGCCCCCACUUGCCGCGUCUGGGCUGGCUUUCAUUCUGCUACUCAUUUGUAUACUGAUAUGUCCCACCCUGGCAAUGGCACGCUUGGAAGUCCGGCCUGACUCGGACUCGGACUCACCGUAUGGCACUGUCAUCGGAAUCGACAUUGGGACUACAUACAGCCGGUCAGCUGUUUACUCCCGCGAAGGUACAAUCGAGAUCAUUCCCAACGCGGCUCGUCGUGCAGCGACACCCUCUUUGAUACACGUCGUCGAUGGACUGCCACGGGUCUAUGGAUCAUCGCCUGAUGAUGUCGAAGUUCUCCCCGGACUUGUCAUCUCCGACUUUGCGUUUCUUCUCGGACGAACGUACGAUGACCCGGAAGUGCAGAGUUACCUCCAGCGCUGGCCGUUCACCGUGCUGGAGCGUGAUGGGAAGCCCAUUGUUCAGGUUGAGGCGAAUGGUACAAAGAACGAGUUUACCCCAGAAGCCCUUACGGGCACGAUGCUAGCAUACCUCAAGGCGAGCGCAGAGGCGGAUCUCGGAUGGGGCAUAACCCACGUCAUAUUGACCGUCCCCUCUUAUUACAACGAUGCCCAGCGUCAGGCCGUCAAGGAUGCCGCCACCCUUGCGAAUCUGACUACACUCCGAGUGGUGAAUGAGCCCGAGGCCGCUGCCAUCGCCUACGGUCUAAGCGAGAAAUCCGGGGAAUCGACAGCGUUGGUCGUCGAUCUCGGCGGAGGCGCGCUGGACGUUACGCUGCUCGGCGUGGAUGAUGGUGUUUUCGAGAUACUCGCGGCGUCGAGCAAUCCUGACGUCGGGGGUCGGGAGUUUGACGAGCGGCUCGUUGAGUAUGCGGUGAAGAAGUACUCGGCGCUGCUGGGGGACGACUUGACAAAAGAUACGGUGCGAAUGCAACGCUUGCGGUGGACGGCCCAACGGGCGAAGGAGGCGCUUUCAAACGCCGAAUCUACCUCCAUCCGCGUAGACAUACCAGGGCAAGAGGUUGCGAUUAACAUCGCACUGUCUAGGCGCGAUUUUGUUGAGCUCACCAAGGACCUUUUCCGCCGAACGACGGAGGAGGUCGACAAGGUGAUCCAAGAAGCGGGCCUGACGAAGCAGGAUAUCGACCACAUCCUCUUGGUCGGAGGGUCCGCGCGUAUCCCUUACAUGCAUCAACUCCUCACCUCACACCUUGACAAAGCAUCUUUGUCGGUGCCUCAUCUCGAGCCCGACGAAGUGGUUGUCUCUGGGGCUGCAAUACAGGCUGCCAUCAUUUCUGGAACUCGCGACAUGGGUGCCAGCUGCAUAUUAGCAAAUGACAUCUUACCUCUCACUAUCGGCGUCGAAGCGGACGACGGGCGGAUGGCGCCGGUUCUAAUACGAAACAGCGUCCUACCCGCAAGGAAACACAGGACGUUCUCAACGAUGACGGACGAACAGACUACCGUGACGGUCAAGAUCUACGAAGGUGGACACGAGCGCGCGGGGGACAACCGCUUGCUUGAGACGUUCCAGCUGACGGGCAUCGAUCCUGCGCCUGCUGGUGUUCCUAACAUUCUGGUCGUCUUCGAAGUCGAUGCGGACGGGCUGUUGCAUGUCUCAGCAACAGACACGAAGAGCAGCUCGUCGUCCGUGACCAUCACGAAUGAGAAGGACAGGCUGUCAUUCGAGGAGCUCGAGCAGAUGAUUCAAGAAGCGGAGCGAUCUGAGGCGGAGGCACCUUUUAUACCAUAUCCGGCUCCACCAACACCGACAGCCGAGAACGACUCAGUGCCGUGCAAUGAUUGCCUGGCAACAAAGGUCGUGGACCAACCUGUACAGCUAGGCCUUGGUGGCCGCUACAUCAUGUUCAUGAUGAACUUGGCCGAGAGCAUGGAUUAUGUGUGGUACAUGGUCCGCGGUUUCUUCGUGCAUCCCGCCCAAGUAGAAGACGUAGAGACAAGAGAUGAACCAUUAGGUACUGUGAUUCGCGAGCUCUAACGAAAUGAUAUGUAGCAUUCGUGCUAACACUAGUCCUCCUUGCUGCCAUCGCGAGGUCAGGAUAGCAUCGAACCAAAUGCUCGCACUUACUCUAUCUAGUAUCGACAGUACUUGGGACCUUCAUAGGCCCACAGCUUGGUGACCGCGCGCGCCCGGAUAUUCACUCGUUUAUGAAAGCAUUGCUACAAUACUAUGCAACGCGACCCACGAGCACCUGCUCGCAUAUGGCGCACUGCUCCUUCAGCUUGAGCUCGGGGCCCUUGCGUGACUGCGUCCGCAAUGCCUAGCGACGUUGUUUCAUGCUAAGUAGAUCAGUGACACCGCUACUUUGGAUCUUAUGUGUGGCAUACCAGCGAAUGACACGUAGCUCCGGCGUGGCGUGACAGCGCACCAGAUUUCGAUUUCACGACGGGGAGUUUCGUGCGACACUCAAGUCUCAGUCAGGUUUCUGCGUCGGAUCUGACCAAGAGCUGACUCUA